GGCUGCUGGGAGUUUACUGUCCCGCACCGAGCGCGAGCGGGAGGCUGGGCGCAUCCUGCCUGCGGGAGUGGGGCGAGAGUGAAAAUGGCCUCGAGACGAAUUACGCGGGAGACUUUUGAUGCUGUGGUGCAAGAUAAAGUUAAAAGGUAUCGGAUGGACCGAAAUGAUGCUAUAGAAGAGACAAUCCAUCAUUUUAAAGCUCAUUCAAGAUCAGUUUCAAGACCCAGGUAUGAAGACAGUUUUCAUGAUGAUGGAAGAUAUUCACAUGAUGGUCCCCAACACCAUCCGCAUGACGACUGGAGAGGAGACACUCGAGAGGACUAUCCAGGGCCUUCUUAUAGAUCUAGUAGCCCUCUCAUGAGGAAAGAUGAUUACUACCAUGACCACUAUGGCCGCCCUGCCUCUCGGGACCGGGACUAUGGCCGCCCUGCCUCUCGGGACCGGGACUAUGGCCGCCCUGCCUCUCGGGACCGGGACUAUGGCCGCCCUGCCUCUCGGGACCGGGACUAUGGCCGCCCUGCCUCUCGGGACCGGGACUAUGGCCGCCCUCACCCUCGGGAAUCCUCCAGAUUGCAUGACACUGACUUUGGCUCUUCUGAGCUCUUGGGUGAUUUUAGGUCACCAGGACUUGUGGAAGAGGAGUAUGGGAACAUAGAAAGUCAGGAUUAUGACCUGGAAUAUGGACUUCAAUCUGAGAGUGAGUUCAGACCGCCAGGACGCAGAGGCAACAUCAGUAGAGGAAGGAUUCUGAGAGGAAAAAAUAUUACAAGAGGCCUGAUUAAAAAUAAAGUAUUUAAAGGAGAUAUCAAAACUCCUCUAAAGAAAUGGAACACUAAAAAAACACUACCGGUGACUAAUCAAAAGUCAACUCUGCAACCUGAUCAGAUGCCAGAAACUACAGACCGACCUAACCAGAGGUCUGCAAUUGCCCAGCGCCUUAAUCAGAAGCUAAUCCUACGACCUAAUCAGAGGUCAACUGUGACAACCCAAAGGCCUGUCAUCCGAGUUCGUAAGUCUGAGCAUGUUCUCAGACAUCUUAAUUUUGAUCUUGUGGACAAGUCUGACAUAUUCUCAACCUUUGGAAUAGAAAUAAUAAAAUGGGCUGGAUUUCACACAAUAAAAAAUGAUGCAGAAUUUCAACAGCUGUUUGGGGCCCUCUUCGAGCUGGAGACAGAAACAUGUGCAAAAAUGCUUGCUUCAUUCAAAUGCUCACUAAAGCCAGAACACCGAGAUUAUUGUUUCUUUACCAUCAAAAAUUUACAACAUGCUGCUUUGAAGACUCCCAAAGUAGACAAUGAGUUCUUAAAUAUGUUGUUGGACAAGGGUGCCAUGAAGACUAAGAACUGCUUCUUUGAAAUAAUAAAGCCUUUUGAUAAGUACAUGAUGAGGCUCCAAGAUCGUCUUCUAAAGAGUGUCACACCUCUGCUUAUGGCCUGCAAUGCCUAUGAAUUAAGCAUCAAGACAAGUGGUUUCAGUAAUUCUGGAGAAAUGGCAGGUGCUUUUGAGACCACCAUUUCUCUGUGUCGUAAGUCCUUGGCACUUUUGGGCCAAACCUUUGCAUUAGCUUCUGCUUUCAGGCAAGAGAAAAUACUUGAAGCUGUUGGUCUCCAGGAAAUGGCUCCAGCACCAACGUCAUUCCCAAAUUUUGAUGAUUCAACAUUAUUUGGAAGAGAGUACAUAGAGAACUUGAAAGCUUGGCUUGAGAAAAGUGGCUAUCCAAUUCAGAUGAAGAAAAUAGAACCUGAGUCCACAAUACAGCUUAAAAAAACUGCUCCUGAUACAAGACCUAAAAUGAAGAUUCCACAGCGAGCUGAUCGGAGAGUUGUAGAGACGAUUGAAAAGCUAGUGAACAGUAUUGUUACAGGUACUUUGUCAGCAAAAGAGAGAACUGCUCAAAAAAGCUGCCCUGAAUAUUGGUUCUUGUCUGAGGAGGAUAGUCUAGAAUACAAAUAUUACAGACUGAAGUUAUCAGAGAUGCAAAGAUUGACAUCAUCUACAAAGGAGGGAGGCAGAGAGGGGAAAACACCAGAAGAAUCUGCAACAGAAUCAGUGAGGGCAAUGUUGUAUGCGAGGAAAGUAGCAAGUAUCAAGAAAAGGCUCUUUAAAAGAAAAAGACUUGGAAUUUUUACACAACAUGGAGUUAGAGGCAGGAAAGUGAGAAAAUCAACUAUAGGGACACAGACUGUGCUUUCAGCUGGUACGAUGCUGAAACGUCAAGACAAGCUCACCCAAGGUUCGGUUCAGUCAAAAUCUUCCAUAUCAGAAAUCAGCAUGUCUGAGAAGAACUCAUCAUUGGACACAGCUGGAUCCUCACAGCAUGCCACCAGUCCAGAAGUUUCUCUGUCACUGGAAGAAGUGGCAGACACUGAGGAUUUAUUGGCAUCCACUGGACAGUCCCAAUCACUGUUGUCUCAAUUUCCUGAUGUGGAUGCUAAAACAAUGGAAACUGCUGAGAAGCUGGCCAAGUUUGUUGCUCAGGUUGGACCAGAAAUUGAGCAGUUCAGCAUAGAUAAUAGUGCAGAUAACCCAGAUCUUUGGUUUCUGCAAGACCAAAACAGUUCUGCUUUCAAAUUUUAUCGAAUGAAAGUCUAUGAAUUGUGCCCAUCUAUCAACUUUAGUGCUGUUUCAGAAAUAGCUGCACCUGGGGAAAGUGAUAAACCUGAAGAAAGAAAUUUGGAUAAUUUAGAAGAGGAGGAGGAAGAAGAGGAGGAGGAGGACAAUGAGGAGGAAGAAGAAGAAGCUGAACUUGAGAAUAUCUCCCAGACCUUGGAAGACGUGGAAAUGGAGCAUGCAGAGGAGGGGGAAGAAGAGGUCUCAGCAGGUGGUGCUGAGGAGAUCGCAUCCAAAGAGAUGCUGUCCAAAACAGGAGAAGAAACUUCAACAGGUGAAAUGCAGCCAAGCUCAGCUUCUGAUAGUACUACACCAAAUCUGUCAACACAGGUGCCAGCUUCUGCUCCUGGUACCCCUUUCCCUCGCAAAAGAAUCAGCAGCAAAUCUCUGAAAGUUGGCAUGAUUCCUGCAUCUAAGAGGGUCUGCCUCAUAGAGGAACCAAAAGUUCAUGAACCUGUCAGAAUUGCUUAUGACAGACCCCGAGGCCGCCCAGUUACAAAGAAGAAGAAGAAACCAAAAGACUUAGACUUUUUACACAAGAAAUUAACAGUUAAGAAUGUGGGUUUCCAGAUGCUUCAGAAGAUGGGCUGGCAAGAAGGACGUGGUCUUGGUUCACAAGGAAAAGGAAUCAAAGAGCCUGUGAAAGUGGGUACUACCUCUGCAGGGGAGGGCUUGGGUGCUGCAGGGGAAGAAAAUAAAGAAGAUACAUUUGAUGUUUUCCGUCAAAGAAUGAUACAAAUGUACAGGCAGAAAAGAGCAAGUAAAUAGUUUCCAGGCUCUCUUCCAUGAAGACUACAAGCAUCAGUGAACAUUUUAACUAACUUCAGUGGUGUGUCUGCUGUCUUUUGGUUGUUUUUACUGUUGAUGAUCUUGUAGAGCAAUUUGUUAGUUUUUGUUCUGUGCAAAUUGGCAGUAGUGCUAAGCUAGUAAUAAGUAGAUGCUUAUAUUAUUGGAUAACUAAAGUUUCUUUUUAGUACAAGUAAAGAUGUUAGCAUUGUUAAUCUUUUAAAAUCUGCAAUAAAUGUAGAGGUAAACAGUUUCCUUCUGGUUUCAAUGAUGUUUUGCUUGUGAAUGUGGGAAAUAUGCACC